AUGAAAUUAAUAACGAUACCUCGCGCGGGCAGAGUGGCCUUGAUUCUCUCCAUUCUCGCCUGCGCAUUAACUACCGUUCACGCCGACGAUGACGAUAUAUCUACUUGGCCUGAAACUGAAGUUCCCGACUGGGCCACAGCCAAUGCCAUGCAACUGUCUUUGUCGGCAACCGGAUUGCAGUUUGCUGUCAUUCCCCUUACGCCAAAUCUAGGUCUCAACGACACAACCGGUCGCUAUAUCAAAAUUGUUGAUUUCGAUGGCGAUAUGAUUGCGACAGACUCUUCCAACUACAACAAGGUCAACAAGCAAAACGAGAUAGCUUAUCUAUCAUGCGACCAGCCUAAAGACAAUUCUUUUCUCAGCCCAGACAAAAUGCUAAACAAGUUAAUGCAAAAACCACAUAUCAGAGCCAUCGUUCUGUACUCUACAUCGAGCACGUGGUGCGCUCUCAGUCGAGCUGUCGACCUCGAGUUUACGAGUAUCUUAUCUAUGGCCGAUACGGGCGAGGCAACACAAGCCUUGAAUCUAUUGAAUGGUACUAGCAGUGGUAAAAUCGUCAAGGCCAACAUCUUUGGUAAUAAUACAGACAACACACUACCGAAAGACGAUAAUAGGGGAGGUAAUAAUACCGCUGCCAUGAGCAUCUUGUACGCCAUCACCGGUCUCAUCACCCUUCUCUUUCUUGCCAUAAUUACGACGGGUGCAGUUAGAGCGCAUCGAUAUCCCGAAAGAUAUGGGCCACGGGGUGCACUUGGUGGAAGACCUAGGCAGAGCAGGGCCAAGGGACUGGCUCGGGCUGUAUUGGAUACUCUCCCAAUUGUCAAGUUUGGAAACAACACACCGGCAAAACCGGAUCCAGAAUUAGAACUGGAAAAUUCGGAAGCGCAUGACGCUGCAACCCAGCGAACCACAUCGCAUGUUGAUGACACGCAACGUUCUGACGCAGUUACGGCAGCUGCCCGAGACACCGAUGCCGUAUCAGCCGCGGCUAGAACGUCAUCAUCUCCCGAAGGUGCCGGAGACGAGACGAGCGGCCAGCAAUGCUCUAUCUGCACAGAGGACUUCAAAGUUGGCGAAGAUGUUCGUGUUUUGCCUUGCAAGCAUCAAUUCCACCCCGCAUGUGUUGAUCCGUGGUUGAUCAACGUGUCGGGCACGUGUCCUUUAUGUCGUUAUGAUUUGCGACCAGGCAAGGGCGCUGCGCCUGAAGAAGGGGCUGCUGGCGAUUCCAGUUCAUUGCCACCACCUUUGGUGUUGGAAGAUGGUGCAGAGAAUGAUGCACCUCAUUCAUCGCACCGUAACAGACUAUCUCGUUUGUUCGAUAUCAACCGCCUUCGAGAAGGUACCGUAGAAGAACAAAUGGAUGCGUUAAGGCGUAUGCGGACGGUAGCCAAUGAGACCGAUCACCAAGAGAGAGCAAGCGUGGCUGAAGCUGCCGAUGGAGAAUCUCGAGGCCAAAGUGCACGAUUUGCGGCAAGGCUGAGAGAUAAGUUUCGAAUUCGCACUCGAGCUCAAGCCAUGGAGAACGAAGAUGACCAGCGCGGGCACUAG